CACGAUGGUGCUCUUCGUGCCGCAGCAGGAGGCCUGGGUGGUGGAGCGCAUGGGCCGCUUCCACCGCAUCCUCGAGCCGGGACUGAAUUUCCUCAUCCCACUCCUAGACCGCAUCCGCUACGUCCAGAGCCUCAAGGAAAUUGUCAUCAACGUGCCAGAGCAGUCGGCUGUUACCCAUGAUAACGUGACCCUCCAGAUCGACGGGGUUCUCUACCUGCGCAUCAUGAAUCCUUACAAGGCUAGCUACGGGGUGGAGGAUCCCGAGUAUGCCGUCACUCAGCUUGCCCAGACUACCAUGCGAUCCGAGCUGGGCAAGCUCUCCCUGGAUAAAGUCUUCCGGGAGCGUGAAUCCCUCAAUUCCAGCAUUGUGGAUUCCAUCAACCAGGCCUCGGACUACUGGGGCAUCCGGUGCCUGCGCUACGAAAUCAAGGACAUCCACGUGCCCCCCCGGGUGAAGGAGUCCAUGCAGAUGCAGGUGGAGGCCGAGAGGCGCAAAAGGGCCACCGUCUUGGAGUCCGAAGGGAUUCGAGAAUCGGCCAUCAACGUGGCUGAGGGGAGGAAGCAGGCCCAGAUCCUGGCUUCAGAGGCUGAGAAAACAGAGCGGAUCAACCAGGCUUCUGGCAGCCUGGAGCAAGGGUGCUGCCCUUGGUUCAUGGAAGACCCAGGCCUCCUCCCUCCCAUGGGGAGGAGAGCAGCUGCAAUUUAUUUUNUGCACCGCCUGACGCUCCAGCAGCCCCGCCACGGCCGCCUCUACCGCUUCCGCGCCGACCCGCCGACCACCACGAUGCAGCGGCUGAAGGCGCUGACCACCGGCUCGCUGCCCACCUUCGUGGACGCCGGCAGCAACUUCGCCUCCUACGCCAUCCACGAGGACAACCUGCUCUGGCAGCUGGCCAGCAAUGGGAAAAAAGUGGUCUUCAUGGGGGACGACACCUGGGACGGCCUCUUCCCCCAGGCCUUCCACCGGGCCCACUUCUUCCCGUCUUUUAACGUGAAAGAUCUGCACACGGUGGACAACGGGAUUUUGCAGCAUUUGUACCAGACAGUGGACGACGGCGAGUGGGAUCUACUCAUUGCCCAUUUUUUGGGUGUGGAUCACUGCGGUCACAAACAUGGACCAGAUCACCCUGAAAUGGCCAAGAAGCUCUCCCAGAUGGAUGAGAUGCUCAGUUCACUGGUUGACCACCUGGAAAAUGACACGCUCCUCCUGGUGGCAGGGGACCACGGCAUGACAGCGACCGGGGACCACGGUGGAGACAGCGAGGAGGAACUCGAUGCGGCUCUCUUUGUGUACAGCAAGGCUCCGCUCUUCCGGGACCUUCCCCCUGAGGAGCCCCAGACGGUCCCACAGGUGAACCUGGUGCCGACAUUGGCUCUCUUGUUGGGGGUGCCAGUGCCGUAUAGCAACAUUGGGGAAGUGAUGGCUGACCUCUUUGCAAGUGAGGGGGAUGCAGCCUCCUCGCUCCGUGCCCAGCUGGCAGCCUACAACAUCAAUGCCAGGCAGGUGGACCGCUUCCUGCACUCCUACGCAGAGGCCGCGCAGGACCUCCCGGCGGAGAAACUGCAGCACCUUCAGCGUCUCUUUCGCUCUGCCACGGAGGAGCAUGAGCACCUCUUGGUCCAGGAGGCCUCUCUGGUCCUGCCGCAGAUGGAGGGGCUCCGGGCGCGUUUCCAGCAGUAUCUGCGGGAGGCCCGGGCUGUGUGUGCCGAGUCCUGGGCCCGCUUCCAUCCCGGCUGCAUGGUGGCCGGCUGCGCCCUUUUGACCUCCUCCUGCCUGCUGUGCUACGUGGCCUCCCAGGUGGCCACUCGCCUGGACUUCUCCUACCGCCACUUCUUCCUCUACCCCCUGCUCUGGGGCUUGGCGGGGGUGGCCCUGCUGGGGCUGGCUCACGUCUUCAGGGGGGCCAGAGCUGACCUCCUUAUGCUGUCCGCCUGGGGGGCAGCGGCUUCCCAACUGGGCUUCUUCUGGCAUUGCUGGACCAGGCGCCCCCCAGCCCUGCACACGGCUGGCCUUUGCCCCCCGUUGGAGGGUUUCAGGCUGAAGCCGAGGCUCUGGGCGGGGCUGUCCCUGGGCAUCCUGUUCCUGCGUUGCGCAGCCAUGCUUUCGGACAGCUUUGUCGUGGCGGAGGGACAGGUGGUGCCCUUCCUGCUCACCUCCCUGGUGCUGCUGGAGGCUCUGAAGCUGCAGUGGAAGGGCAGGCUGGACGGCUCCCUGCUGUGCUGGCAGCUGCUGGCCACCUUGGGCGUUGUCGUGGUGUGUGCACGGCUGUCGGGGCUUUUCCGGAAGUGCCGGGAGGAGACUCCUGUUUGCCAGACAGCCUCCGUCUUGGGGGCCCUCUCCAGCGUGCAGGAACCGAGGACCAAGAACCUCUAUUACGGCCUGUGUGUGGGGGCGCUGGCCAGUCUGGUGUGUGGCACCCGCUGCUGGCUGCGCCAUUAUGGCAACCUGAACAGCUCCUGCGCCCUGGUGCUUUUUGUGCGGUGGGGAUUCCCACUCCUGGCCCUGACCCUGGCCAGUUACUGGGCCAUCACCUCUGGCGCCGAGGAGAUGCUGGUCAAACGCCACGCCUGGGCCCAGCUGGCUUUGGAGGUCUUCCCCCGUGGGAUUUACGUCUUGGUGAUGGCGGGGCUGCUCCUGGUUUUGUGGAAGCCCAUGACCGUCUUUCUGGAAGGCAGCCAAGACCCACCCCUCAUGUCCUCCACCUCCGAGGCCUUGAUCUCCCAGCUGUACCGCCGGAUCCAGGAGUCCCUGAAAAGCCAGCUGGAGGAAACGCCGGGCGGCUGCAGGGCCACGGUGGCCGCCUACGGGCUGGGCAGCGUCUAUUCGGCCGCCGUGCUCAUCACCCUGGCCCUGCUGGGCUUCCUGCUGAUGACUCUGCACACGGAGCGGCUCAGCCUGGCCUUCCUCCUGCUGUUCGUGGAGGCCUUCGCCCUGCUGUGGAUGCACGCCUGUCGUUCCUCCUUCUCCUCCUCAGACCCCUUUGUGGUGCCGUGGGAAGCCCUGGUUGCUUGGGCUCUUGCUGCCGCCCAGUUUUUCUACGCCACUGGCCAUCAGCCCGUCUUCCCCGCCAUCCACUGGAAUGCGGCCUUCGUGGGGUUCCAGCAGGGACACGCCGCCAAUCUGCUGCCUGCGUUCCUCGUUGGGGCCAACACCUUCGCCUCUCAGAUCCUCCUGGCAGCUGGCUGCCCAUUACUUCUGCUGUGGCCCUUUGUCUGUGAGGCCAGCACCUCCGGGGCCGGGAGGCCAAAGACGCGACUCCAAGACAGGGAGGAGCCGAUGAUGGAGAUGAGGCUCCGGGAGGCACCGGAGCGAUUUUCAGCAGCCCUGGUGCAGCUGGGCCUCAGAUACCUGCUUAUUUUGGGGCUUCAGCUUCUGGCUUCCGUUUUGGCAGCCAUGAUUCUCAGGAGACAUCUGAUGGUGUGGAAGGUCUUUGCCCCAAAGUUCCUCUUCGAAGCGGUGGGCUUUAUGGUGAGCUGCGUCUUUCUCCUCCUGGGUCUUGGCCUGGUGAUGCGCGUGGAUUGUGCUGUCAGCAAGUGGUUCAAGCAGGUCAUCCUUGCGCAGCCCAGAUAGUGCAGCAGUGCA